ACUCUGCCCUCUUCUUCUUCUUCCUCUCUGCUCUGCUUUUCUCUGUAACUCUCUCCCUCUCCAAUCCAUUCUUUCCGUUCCUCCAUUUUUAGUGGGAGAAUAGGAAAGAGAAAGUGUAGAGAGAGAAAGCGACUCUGCAAUGGGGUCCGAGAAGAAGUGGCUCUCCGUCGCUCUCACUUCUCUGCUGCUUCUCUUGUCCGUCGCCGGCGCCUUCGCCGGAAUGCAGAAUAGUAAAGACUCCGAGAUGAGGAAUUUGCAGAAAGAAGAACCGCAGAGCUUGCAAAACUUAACAAUGGCGGCAAGGUUGGCACACAUGGAAGAAACUCUUAGUAAGCAUGCAGUGGAUGACCCUGAAGAGGUCGCCUUCAUGGUUACAGAGAGUAUCAAGAACAGCACAGAGAGGCGAAAACUGGGAUUUUUCUCGUGUGGGACUGGAAACCCCAUUGAUGAUUGCUGGAGAUGUGAUCCCAACUGGCACAAGAACCGUAAGCGCCUCGCAGAUUGUGGGAUUGGGUUUGGGCGCAAUGCUAUAGGGGGCAGAUAUGGUCGAUUCUAUGUUGUGACUGAUCCCGGCGAUGAUGACCCCGUGAACCCCCGGCCGGGCACUCUCCGGCACGCCGUUAUCCAGGACAGGCCGCUCUGGAUUGUGUUCAAGCGGGAUAUGGUUAUAACGCUGAAGCAGGAGCUGAUUAUGAACAGCUUCAAGACUAUUGAUGCACGGGGAACCAAUGUGCAUAUUGCUAAUGGGGCCUGCAUUACAAUCCAGUUUGUGACCAAUAUCAUAAUACAUGGCCUUCACAUCCAUGACUGUAAGCCCACUGGAAACGCCAUGGUCAGGAGCUCCCCGUCCCAUUUCGGUUGGAGGACUAUGGCGGAUGGCGAUGGCGUUUCCAUCUUCGGCUCGAGCCAUAUUUGGAUCGAUCACAACUCGCUCUCUCACUGCGCUGAUGGCCUUGUGGAUGCUGUCAUGGGCUCCACUGCCAUUACUAUCUCCAACAAUCAUUUUGCUCACCACAAUGAGGUGAUGCUGUUGGGUCAUAGUGACUCUUACACGAGAGACAAGCAAAUGCAGGUGACAAUUGCCUAUAAUCACUUUGGGAAUGGGCUCAUACAGAGAAUGCCAAGGUGCAGACAUGGUUACUUUCAUGUGGUGAACAAUGACUACACUCACUGGGAAAUGUAUGCCAUUGGUGGAAGUGCUAACCCUACCAUCAAUAGCCAAGGAAACCGGUACCUUGCUCCAUCCAAUCCUUUUGCCAAGGAGGUGACAAAGAGAGUUGACACUGCCCAGAAUCAAUGGAAGGGGUGGAACUGGAGAUCAGAGGGAGACUUAAUGCUUAACGGUGCAUACUUCACCCCCUCCGGCGCGGGUGCCUCGGCCAGCUACGCCAGAGCUUCGAGCUUGGGUGCCAAGUCGUCUUCUAUGGUUGGCAUGAUGACGUCAAAUGCCGGUCCCCUGGCUUGCCGCAAGGCCCGCACAUGCUAAGCUAGCUUAAAACUACAUUUCAAUUUUCCCUAUAAAAACUACAUAGAAUCAUUGUUUGUCAGUACGUUACUCUCCAAAGUCCUCCCAUCCUAGCAAAUGUACAUUUGUUUCUUUACUAUUGUCUCUCAAAGUCAAAGGUUGUUCAACCUCGGCCAAGAAGGCGCAGAAGCGUUGGCCAUUGCAUUGCGGCUUCAUCUCAUCAUCAUAUCCCAUCCAUUGCCCUAACCACCACCAUUGCUUCUUUUUUUUUUUUUUUUUUUUAAUGUUCUCGCAGGUUUACAUUUUUACUUUUUCGAGUCACACAAGUUAAUUAUAGUGUUGUCAAUGUCACAAAAAAAAAGAAGGAAAACAUAGAAAAAGGCUCCUUUGUCUCCCCCCUUUUUUUCACUUUUUCUUCUGCUUUGUAAUUGUCUAUGGAAACAUUAAUUGUCCUUGGGGGCUGUGGAUUGUGCUUAUAUCAUAUAUUAUAUAUAUAAAUACUUUUCUUAUUCAUGA